AUCUUAGAGCCGGUCAGGAAGCAGAAGGCGACAGUGCGCGGAACCUGAACUGACAUUUUUAUUUCUAUUUUUCCUUUUAUUCAGAAGGGGAAUCCUGCCAGGGGAAUUGUCUUCUAGUUUCCAGCUGUGCAACCCACUCCCCCCCCCCUCACAUAAAUAAGACAAAGGAAGAGCCAGAAAAGACCAUGAGACACGAAGCUCCCAUGCAGAUGGCGGCUGUACAAGAUACCCGAUAUGGACAAAAAGACACGUCUGAUCAGAACUUUGAUUACAUGUUCAAGCUGCUCAUUAUUGGCAACAGCAGCGUCGGGAAAACAUCCUUCUUGUUUCGUUAUGCUGACGAUUCCUUCACUUCUGCCUUUGUGAGCACCGUUGGCAUUGAUUUCAAGGUCAAAACUGUCUUCAAAAAUGAGAAAAGAAUCAAACUCCAAAUCUGGGACACAGCUGGGCAGGAGAGAUAUCGCACAAUUACUACUGCCUAUUACAGAGGGGCAAUGGGAUUUAUUCUAAUGUACGACAUUACCAACGAGGAAUCCUUUAAUGCAGUGCAGGACUGGUCAACCCAAAUCAAAACCUACUCUUGGGAUAAUGCCCAAGUGAUAUUGGUUGGGAACAAAUGCGACAUGGAAGAUGAAAGAGUCAUUUCAGCUGAGAGAGGAAAACACCUUGCAGAGCAACUUGGUUUUGAGUUUUUUGAAGUAAGCGCUAAAGAUAACAUCAAUGUGAAGCAAACCUUUGAGCGGCUGGUGGAUAUCAUUUGUGACAAAAUGUCCGAGAAUACUGAAACAGACGCAGCAGCUACGGCUGCGAAACAGACCACAAGACUAACAGACAAGGCACCACCACAGCAACCCAACUGCGGAUGUUAAUAGUUUCAUCUAUGAGUGUGUUCAAUUGCCAAUAAGUAUUUAAAAACAAAACAAAAAAAAACAACAAAAAUAAAAAAGGUCCAUAAGCUUUCCCUUACUACUGCCUUCAUAUCUACUUGAAAAAAAUGAAAACAGAGCUCUAAUUUUGUAUGGUAAACUGAUGAUGGCAAGAAGGAGGCUGAAAUAUUCUAAUACUGGGAUGGCUGAACAGAUAGAAAACUACAGGUUUAGGCACGGCAAUCAGUGCCUAAAUCAAUACCCCUGAUGUUGUUGAGCUGCAGUUCACAACAUCCCAUCGUCAGUCACAGCAAUAUCUGGAGUUUCUUCAGUUGACCAUCCCUGGAUUAGACAUUGGAGAUGAGAUAUUGUAAUUCUGGGAUGGCAAUCCUGUAGCACUUUCCCUGUUUCUGAUUUUCAAAUCCCAGCUGAAUUUCGGCAACAGAUGGAAAACUGCAGUUUAGAUCAGGCACGAGUAAUUGGAGCUACUCCUGGAGCUGUAGUCCCACCCAACAACAUCUGGGGGUUCUUUUGUUGUCCAUCCCUGAGUAGACAUUGCUUUUUAACUAAUGUCCUUUAUUUCAGCUGAUUGCAGAAAUGUAUAAAUAUCAGUAUGAUUUUAUGAGGCGAGUGUUUUCAUUAAUAUAAGGUGGGCUACUUUAUGGUCCACACAAUACUGAUAUUGUGUAUGUUCUUUCUCAGUUCAAGAUCUCCAGACUUGCUCUGUGCUGUGUACAUUUUUCACGGCCUUUCUAGAGCUUUCCCUCAAAUGGCACAACAGUUACCAGUUGUUUACCUCUAAAAUACUAUUGAAUAGAGUAUUUUUUUGGUUCAUCAGCCUAGUAGAUAUCAAUAUGAUAAUCCUGUUGCAUUGCUCAAAUUAUUUUCUGAUAAAUAUCUCAAGACCUUUAGGGUUUCAUGGUUGUUGCUUCUAUUUGUAGCUGUUUUGGCAUGAUGGGGCAUGACUGAGGUGGAAAAGUGGUCUCAUUCUAAUUUUUGACAAGGUUCUACACUUAGCAGCUGAGCUUACCAAUGUUUUAAUAACUGGGGCCCCUCAUGGCAGGAGGGUCCUACUUACUUUGUAGUAAGGGGCCCUGUGAUUCCUGAUGGUGGCCCCGAAUAGAUGCUUGGGGUGAGCUGCCAGUAUCAUCUCAUUGUAUUGUUGAUUGGAUACUUUAGAAUUAGCCAUCAGCACUGUACUACACACACACUGCAUAUAACAUUUUGCAAUGUUCUGCAUGCUUUUCUGAGUAGUGAUCGGCGAAUUUCUCCCGUUUCGGAGCAAAUUCGCGAAAACGGCAAAAAAAUUGCUAGAAGGCAUCAGAAUUGUUGACAGAGUCAAAAAAAUUUAACACAGGCAAAUUUUUGCAGAAAUUUCACAAAUGUAUUCGCCGGUGCAAAUCACGGAAAAUUUCGCAAUAAAUUCGCCCAUCACUAUUUCUGAGCAUUGGCUGGUUAAUAAAAGGGGAAAACCUUCUGGGUUUUUUCUGAUAUUAUUUCCAAGCCCUACUCUCCUAUAUCUGUUCUGAAUGAUUCAACCCAAGUUGACUAAUCUGAUGAAAACACACAGAAAACACUCCUUAAUCAUACUCUUCUAUUCAGUGAAUACAUUUCCCUACAUAACACCCAUUUUUCCCUUUUACUCAACUUUAUAAUGGCAAUUUGCUUCUGAGUAGCAUAUUCAAAGGCAUAGUAGUCAAUUCAUUCAUAUACAGUAACAGAACUCCAGACUCCUGAUUCAGUCAAAACACAGUAAUACUGCAAAAACAUUCUUAGUAUCAAACAGAACCUACUAAUAUUCAAAACAUUAGCCUUUAUUCUGUGAUUCUUUUAUACACAGAGGAUGGACAUUGGGUGUAUGCAAUAUUCUCUCAUCUCCUUGUGCCUAUAGAAUAGGAAAUGGAAACUGUACUGAGGCAUAAACUGCAUAUUCCGUAAAGGUCAGAUAAACAUAAAUUCCCUACAGGGUUUUUUUUCCAGCUCUGCCUAAAUAUUCGGUAUCAGUAACAGAAUCUUUACAGCCUGAAGUCACCAAGCAAAUUCAUAUUUUUAGAUGCAGCAUCAAACGCCUGAGAUCUUUUAUUCUGCAGGUAGCCAUAAUAUGGACACAAAUUAAGAUUCAGCCUGGGUAAUAAUCAAUUAAUCAAUAGAAAAUAUUGGAGCAUUACUCGAAAUAGUUUCCAAAAUAGCCAGAGAAUUUAGUACAGGGAUGUUAAUGAUAAAUGUGCCUCUGAUUACAUAUCGGUGGAUGUGAAACGCGUAAGGACGUGUAACUUUUAGUAACAUUGAAUAAACUUCACUUUUACUUCAA